AAAUGAAUAUAUAUGCCAGCAAUAAAUAUGAAAAUGUCUGACAUCUGAUAGGGUUAUAUUAGAUGUUUUAAUGUGGAACAGUGACCAUUACAGCUUCAUUAUUUACUGAAUGACGGCUAUCCUUUACCCAUCAUCUCAUUGCCAGACAUCGAACUGUUCUUGUAUAUCUUGCUCUAUGUUUUUCAAUCAAAACGAAUUAUUCUGUUACUCAAAUAACGUACGCUUAUUUACAUUAUUCAUCUGCGAAUGUGAUUAAACAGCAGGUGGUGUCUUGGAAAAAUGACGCUUUUCAUUUUCUUAUGAGCGCUGUAUGUACGUUCACCACAAGGGGACGCUCAAGCAUUUUUUGGCCGCGGCUACCGAGCUUGGGGGAAAAAGAAGAUAAGAUUAUAAACUAGGAAUAUAAAUUCCGUGUAACAGGACAAUCUGUUCUGCAAUUUUUGUGUCUUCCUGACAGAUUCGUUGUUGUUUUUUUUCUCGCUUUGCACGGCUUGCGCCAAGAGGCACACCACUAACGCUCUGUUCAUUUGUGCAUUACGAGACCGAUGUGUUGUAGAGAUUAGUCUUUGAACAGUUUUCAAUGUGGUCACUUCAAAUGCAGUAGCACCCUCAGAGCCUUCUUCGUAAUUUUUACCUCCUACUGGUAACUUUGAUAGAUGUUUAUAUAUUAAAAUUGGCAUUCAGAAGUCCCUCUCCCUUCAAGUUAUGUAGGUGAGAAACUAAAUCGCUGUUGCCUUGCUUUGGACGGAAGGAUCUGUAUACCCCCCAACGGAUUUACGAGGAGAAACAACGUGCUCCGAAUGUAGAGCAGACUUAAACUAACACUGACACAUUUUGGACCUAUCGCAACAGUGCAACCGCCAAUAUUCGGACCAGAAACGUUCGGAAUCAUUUCAGCGUCCGUGAAUGUUUAACUAUUUCAUGUCAGUAAAGCUGUUAUUUGAACAUCCUUAGCAGAUCGCUUUUGGUGGCGUCCCUGCAAGGAGCGAGCGCAGAAGAAACCGUUGGCUAUCAACUCACAAGAAAACAUAAAGCAGGACAUUGCAGUCGCUCUAUGCGAAUAGAACCCGUAGUCUUCUGUUGUGACAUUCAGUAGUGUUUCGGCUUCACUUAUGGCUUCGCUUUAUCAGAGAUUUACUGGAAAGAUUAAUACGAACAGGUCCUUCCCCAUUCUACCCGAGGCCAGUCGUCUACUCGGUGGACAGGGCGCAGAAGAGGACAAUGCAGGGAAGACCCCACGCCCCUUGCAAGAAAGCCGUCCCAGUUCCCGUUAUCAACACAGGAGUGACUGCGGAGAUGAGGACGAGCUGGUGGGCAGCAACCCUCCGCAGCGGAACUGGAAAGGAAUCGCGAUCGCCCUGCUCGUCAUUCUGGUCAUCUGCUCUCUGAUCGUCACCUCCGUCAUCCUCCUGACCCCAGUUGAGGAUGACUCGCUUGGCCUCAAGGCCAAGGUGUCCACUGAAGCCCUUGCAAAAGAGUUCCAAAUCCAUGACCCGAAUGCCAAGUGGAUCAGCGGUGACCCUAUAUGUCUCCGUAGCUCGACGACGCGUGACGGCGACGUGGUCGUGCACAACGUCGAGACGAAGGAAAAGAGGGUUUUGGUGGACCAGAAAAAGUUUGAUAUGUACAAAGCCAGCAAGUACGAUGUGUCCCCCGACAUGAAGCAUGUGCUGCUCGCCUACAAUGUUGUCCCAGUCUAUCAGCACUCUUUCACGGCGUCUUACAUCAUCUGUAGCCUGGAGACUCCGGAGACCUGGAAUCUGAAUCCACCAGAAGUGCGGAACGUUCAGCUGCAGUACGCCGGGUGGGGACCAAAGGGCCAGCAGCUGAUCUUCAUAUUCGAGAACAACAUCUACUACCGGGCCACCGUGGAGAGCCGUUCCAUACGCCUGGUUUCUUCAGGAAAGGAGGAUGUGGUAUUCAAUGGGCUCAGCGACUGGCUGUAUGAAGAGGAGAUCUUUCAGACACACAUUGCUCACUGGUGGUCUCCAGAUGGCGCCAGGUUGGCAUAUGCCACCAUAGACGACACCUUGGUCCCCAAAAUGGAGAUACCCAUGUUCACGGGCUCCAUUUACCCAACAGGAAGAGAGUACCAUUACCCAAAGGCAGGAGAGGAGAACCCAAUGAUCUACCUGUACGUGGUGAACCUGAAUGGGCCCCUGCACACUAUAGACAUGAAACGCCCAGAAGACCAGAGGAUAGGGGAAUACUACAUAACCAUGGUGAAAUGGGCAACAAGCACCAAGCUGGCUGUGAACUGGCUGAACAGACCACAAAAUAUCUCCAUUCUGACACUGUGUGAAGCCACCACUGGGGUCUGCACUAAGAAACACGAAGAUGAAAGUGAGGGCUGGCUGCACAGACAGAACAAAGCUCCGCUGUUCUCCAGAGACGGACACAAGCUGUUCUUCACCCGGGCUAUCCCGCAGGGCGGUAGAGGAAAGUUCUACCACAUCUCCAUGUCCUCCUCACAGCCCAACUCCAGCACAGACAGUCUCCAGUCCAUCACAUCAGGAGACUGGGAUGUGACAAAGGUAUUGGCCUACAAUGAAGAGAAUCAUCUGAUCUACUUUCUUAGUACAGAAGACGAUCCCAGAAGAAGACAACUUUACAGCGCUGACACCGCGGGCCACUUCAACCGCCGGUGCCUCUCGUGUGAAUUUGCGGAUCGAUGCGGAUAUGUAGGCGGCUCCUUCAGUGAGAACAUGGAGUACUUCCUCCUCAUCUGUGAAGGCCCUGGUGUUCCUUUUGUGGUUGUAUACGACACCCAGCAGAAAGAGAGGGUUCUGGAACUGGAGAUGAAUGCGAAUCUGAGGAAGACCAUAAACUCCAUGCAGAUGCCCAAAGUGGAGUACAAGGACAUAAAUAUAGAAGAUUACACUCUGACCAUGCAGAUCCUCAAGCCUGCUGGCUUCCAGGACACAGCCCUUUACCCGGUGCUACUGCUGGUGGACGGGACUCCAGGGGGACAGAUGGUCUCAGAGCGGUUCCAGGUGGACUGGUCCACAGUUCUGGUCAGCAGUUUCGGGGUCAUCAUCAUCCGCGUUGACGGGAGGGGUAGUGGGUUCCAGGGCACCAACCUGCUUCACAAGGUGCAGCGCAAGCUGGGUGUGUUUGAGGAGAAGGACCAGCUGGAGGCACUGAGCAUCAUAGCAAAAGAACCUUACAUUGACAAAACACGUAUGGGAGCCUUCGGAAAGGUGUAUGGAGGAUAUGUAACAAGCCUUCUCCUCAGUUCUGAAGAUUCCUUACUGAAGUGUGGGGCGGUCCUUUCUCCCAUCACAGAUUUUAAAUUAUAUGCAUCUGCAUUUUCAGAGAGAUAUUUGGGAUUACCCAAGCCUGAUGCAAGGGUUUAUGCGAUGGCAAACUUAACGAAUCGAGCAUCACGUUUCAAUGAUAAAAAAUAUCUGAUCAUUCAUCCAACAGCCGAUGAGAAGGUCCAUUUCCAACACACUGCAAAGUUCAUCACCCAACUAAUCAAUGAAAAGGCAAAUUACACUCUACAGAUCUACCCGGAUGAGGGCCACUUUAUUCACAGUGAGGGGACACGGCAGCACCUGAGCCAGUCGCUGGUGAACUUUUUUGAGGAGUGCUUCAGAUUACCUGAUCAAGUGUUUGAGGAGAAGGUGGAGGAGGAGAUGGAAGAGGAGGGAUAAGCCACGCCCCCUGCCAUCACCGCUGCCAUGCCCAGCACACGCCAGCUUCCCCUGGCCGCCACGCCCAGAUUCCCAUCAUCCCUUCGACCACAUCACUUUCUCUGAGCAUGUACCCACGACUGUGGUCCUGCAGCCUCCCUCUUCAUCGUACAUACCCUCCUCAGCUCCGAUUGGCUGCAGGGCGAACAUCCGGAGCACCUCCAUCACGCCGUUGGCUUUAGUUGAGACAGCAUCGCUGACAUUGUGCUGGCAUCGCCUGGUUUAUUUGGCUAACUGUCAGGAGAAGGCAGUCUUCCCCUCAGUCCAAGCUGUUGGUCCUGUCAGUGGGAAGACAUACUCAGAUUACAUUUAUACACGCACACACACACACAUACUGACGUAAACACAAUCACAUGUGCAGAUGCACACACACAUAGACACAUACAUAUGCACGCUCACACGCAAUAGAAAGAGAGACACACAUUCACACAUGCAUGCAGGUGCAGACAAACAGAGGGAGAGUCACAAGUACUCAUGCACACACAUGGAUAUACAUGCACUCACUAACACAAAAACACAGCACCCUUGCUUUAGACAGUGCAUCCUCUCCCUACAAACGCAUUGGCUUCAGAGAGUCCACUGAAUGAAAGAAGGUUUUAUAGCACAAACACUGGGGUUGAAUGUCAGGGGCUCUGUGCAGAGUCUCUAAGCUAAUUAUAAAGGAAAUAUUCUUAUUAUCCUGGCAGGUUUGAUUUUUUUUAAACCUCCAAAAGACUUUUCCACUACCGACUCUCGCUUGUGUCUGUUGACCCCGUGUCCAAGACUCCCAGGGGUGUCCCGUUCCUGUUUUUCAGUGUUCAGGUUUGUCCUGCUCUUGGAUCCCUUGCAGCCUCAAGUUGUGUAUUAUAGUGAAUAGAAUUUGAGUUGAAAAAUGGUUCUACUCACCCCCAAAGGCUUGUAUGCUGCAAAGUACGGGGCUAAAGUAAAAACUUUUAUUUGGUCUUAAGUGAUGUACCACAAACAUGACAGUCACGUCUGAUUUGUUUUUUUGUCUUGUUCUCUUACAGUACAAUGUUCUUGCAGUGCUAAUGAAAUCAAAGCAUAUAACUACUUUAAGUCACUGUGCCUUAUUUUUGGAGCAAACUGUUUGGAAUUCUCCUUGAAAGAAAAAGUAAAUGUGGCUCAUAUUCUUUACUUUUCAAUUGGCCACCAGAGAAAUUCUCUCUUUUGCUUGACUUUUUCCCAAUCUUACCUCAGUUUCACACAAAUACAUGGCCACUUUGUAGAAUUGUAGUUAUCAUUUUUUCCACAUAUAUAAUAAGAUUUGCAUAUUAGAAAGCUGUAAAUCAAUACCAAGAAUAGGUUGAGAUCUUUACUAUUAGAGACUAAUAAUUCAAGUUGAAAUGGUUUUACUGUUGUGACUUUUGCAAUUUGAGAGUGCUUGGGGCACAAGUCCUGUUUUUUAAAUUAUUAUUAUUUUUUUUAAUGUGUACUCUUGUUGCAUUUCAAGUGCAUGUCAGCUACCAUUUGCUACUUAAAGCUGUUUUUUAAGUAGUUGAGUUGAAGCGUAUCAUUUCUUGACCGCUUGAAUGUUUCCUUGCUGAACUGCAUUUCAUUUAGUAUAUUGUGAGUGGAAUCCCUGUCUCGUCAGCUUGUUGGUUCAAUGUUAUACAGUAUCAUUUUGGUCUCUUACUAUUUUAAUGUUACUUGUACAUAAAGAAUUUUGAAAGGUACCAUUGAAUUAUGAUUUGUUUUUUAUUAUUAUAACAAUUUUUGUUUUCUUGUUUUGUUCUUUGUGAAAAGUAUGCUAGUGUACACUAAAAAUGCCAGGGGGUGUCACACAUUUCAGUAUUAGUGAUUAAACAGCGUGAUGAUCCUUUGUCCCUGACGGUAAGGUGGCAGGUAGCCAUGGCAACAACGUACAGGGAGACCUUGGGAUUGGUGACACCUGCUUUGUGUACCAAAUGUGUGGAAGAUUAAAAAAAAAAAAGAAAAAGGAUGUGGCAUGAAGGUAAAUGUCGUGAGAAUAAAAGUUAUUUUAUCAUCA